CUGCCCCUCCCCAGGGGGUGGGACUGCAGAGUCGUCUGUGGAGAAGGAAGUUCACUGGGUAUAGGAGAAGUGACUCGGAAGCGGAAUCCGUUGGUCAAGAGAUUGACCCCUUUCCAGACCCACUUCCCCUCGCUGCCCCAAGCUUUAGCCCAUCCGGAAGGCUUGCAACUUCCAGAAGCCCGUCGCACCUAGCAGCCUGAUGUCUAGCGACAGGUUAUGGCCCAACGGUGCCUCCACCUCCUUGGUGUCCCUCGAGGAAUUGGAGAACCCGAAGUUUGUCGGCAAGGGCGGGUUCGGCGCUGUGUUCCGGGCUCACCACAGGACUUGGGGCUAUGACGUAGCGGUUAAGAUCGUGAACUCGGAAACGAUCUCCAGGGAGGUGAAGGCUAUGGCAAACCUUCGUAACCAGUACGUGCUGCUCCUGCUGGGGGUGAUGGAGAACCUGGAGUGGGACUACGUGUCUGGGCCGGCCCUGGUGACUCGAUUCAUGGAGAAUGGCUCGCUGGCGGGGCUGCUGCAGCCUGGGUGCUCUCAGCGCCCUCCUUGCCCUCGGCCCUGGCCGUUGCUCUACCGCCUGCUGCAGGAAGUGGUGCUCGGCAUGUGUUACCUGCACAGCCUGAAUCCCGUGCUCCUGCACCGGGACCUCAAACCUUCCAACGUCCUCCUGGACGCAGACCUGCAUGCCAAGUUGGCAGAUUUCGGCCUGUCCACGUUUCAGGGAGGCUCGCAGUCAGGGGCAGGGUCAGGGGAACCAGGAGGCACCCUGGCCUAUUUGGCCCCAGAACUGCUUACCAAUGUAAACCAGAAGGCCUCCAUGGCCAGUGAUGUCUACAGCUUCGGGAUCCUCAUGUGGGCGGUGCUAGCUGGAAGAGAAGCUGAAGUGGUGGGCCAGACGUCACUGGUACAAAAAGCAGUGUGUGACUGGAAGGCCCGGCCCCCAAUGGAAGAGCUGCUUCAGUUGAGCUAUCCCGGCUUGAAAGAACUGAAGGAGCUAAUGCAGUGCUGCUGGAGCUGUGAGCCCACGCACAGGCCUUCUUUCCAGGAAUGCCGACCAAAAGUGGAUGAAGCCUUCUUUUUGGUGAAGGAAAAGACGGAUGCUACCGUCUCCUCUGUGAAGAAGUGUCUGUCUGAGCAUAGGAGCAGCAACAGGGACCCAGAGCCAAGCUCCAGAGGGACAGAAAUGGAUGGCCCUGGGAGAACCACAGCAAGCCAGUGCUCUCAGAGUGAUUCUAUUUCUGGGAUGCUGAACUGCCUGACUCUGGGGGGCCCCUCCAGCUCUGUUGCUCAAAUGUGCACAGGCCAUACUGAGAGGAGCAGAACACAGGAAAAGCAGGUUCCACAUGACGGGAUAGCACGGACGUUCUCAGACUCAGCGGCCCAAUCUGUGCACGCUCCAGAGGCCUCACCUUUCAGAAACCAGAUGCCAACUCCCGGCCAGACUUGGACCCCAGGUCCUGGACUCCAAGGGAGUCAGAGGCCUGAGAGACAGAAUGUGAGCUCGUUCCCCAGGGACCCAGAGCCAAAUCCAGCACCAGGGUCGUCCUUUUACUUGGAAAAUUCCUCUGGGGUGCAGAUUGGAGACCACAACGUUUUGAUUAUGACACCGAGUACUGCCUCGGCCACUUAUCACCGGGCACUUUCAGGCGUGGGAAGAGGCUGGCCACGUCAGCGAGGACCUCAAGCCUGGAGGGGACCACAGGGCCAAUAUAAUCAUAGUGGGAAUUAAAGCAUUUUCAAAAUUGUG